UCGGCCAGUAGAUCAGCUGCUCGAUUACGCUCUGACGGGGAAAAAGACAUGGGCCAGCGGCUCCAGCCAUGAAAACCACACGAUUGAGGCAAAAGAUCGAACACAGGAUCGGAAAAAGCUGGCCCACCAUGUAACGAGCCCGUUACCGCAUGUCCAAAAGAAACCUCGCCGCCUCGCCUUCCCCUCUGCUCGCACCAUGGCCGCUUCCGCAUCCACCUCCACCGUCCUCCUCCUGCCCCCGUUAUCCCCUCGCCCGACCAGCCGCGCCCUCACCUCUCGAUUUCACCGGUCGCCGUUGCUGCUACGGAGAAGCUUCCAGAAAGUUCGCGGUCCUUCCCGGUUGUCCCCCGUUGUCGUCGCCGCCCAGUCCAACUCUAACUUCUUCAGAGUCGUUCAGACAGCUUGGAGGAUUGGAAAAGAUGUCACUGAGGCAGGUACUAAGAUCGUGCCGGAUGUAGUUCCAAGACCUAUAGCAAGGAUUGGUGUAGCUGUUGUUGCUGGAACAGUUGCUCUUUUUCUAGUCAAAUCCUUUCUAUCCACCGCAUUCUUUGUAUUGGCCAUGAUGGGGUUUAUAUAUUUCGUCUUCAUCGCUUUGAACACGGAUGAAAGCUCCAGAGUGGAUGAAAGCUCCAGGGUGGAUGGAAGCACGAUGUCCACCGAAGAGGAUGCUUUGGAAGAAGCUAGACGAAUAAUGGAGAAGUACAAGUAGCUAACUAUAAAAAAUGUCGUUCUGUUAAACUUUUUUUAUUAGUUCUCUAGUAUUGAAUUACAGUCAACAGAGGAUGCAUGUACUGGAGACAAUUUAAAAUGAUCAAAGCAUUGUGUUUUAGAAAAAAAUUAUCAAAGAACACCAACAUUUUUUUGAUGAAUGGAAACAAUGACUUUGUUGGGAGAAA